AUCAUCUGCACGACAUAUGUGAAUCUAUGAAGCAAGACUUACCUCAUAUGAAUCUGAUAUACAUAUCGUGUGUUACUCUACUCCCGUUUUGUUGUGUCCUCACCUCCUCCCUGACAAAGAGCACCGGUACGGCAGCGCCUGCUCAGGCAGUCCGGAUCCGGACCCAGGUGGUAGGUGUAGCGGUGAUCCGCUCCGGAUUUUCCCGCAGACCACGUGUGGCCCAGCUGAGGUGACUGGCAGGACUUGUUUACUGGUGGAGAGACUCGCAGAAAGGGAGACGGAAAGAGGGGGAACCUGAGGGAGAGCCAUCGGUGAAUGGAACGGGAAUCCAAGUUUUUACACUUGACCCGUCUUUUUAAAAUAAAAAUAAAAAAAAAACUAUUUUUGUGUUUGUUUACCUCACCCUUUUGGACUAUCGGAGACGGGAUACUUACUUUGUGUGUUUUGUUGAAUUUUUAACUCUAUCGCCGACCCUGAAACCUCGUUUGUUUUGGAUUAGCUAGCUAACGUUAGCCGUGUUUUCCCCAUCGGCUAACGUUAAUCUGAGAAGAAGAAACGGACGGCGUGGUGGAGAGUUUUCUCACUUCACAGCGGCGUUAAACGGAGACAGUAUUUGCUCUUUUUCGCUCACUGUGGAUGGGAAAGAAGUGACAUUUAUGAACGUUAUUUCCCAAGUUUUCCUUAUUUAAUUUCUCUCCUGUUUUGUCGCUUUAUGGGUGUUGAUUCGUUUGCAGCGUGGUGGUCAGCUGGGGUGACGGAGUUCAGAGGAGGGUCGUAGUAGAGAAAGCUGGAUGCACGUUUGUUCUGCACGUAGCUGCUCGGACGAAUUUCCUGGGAUGAGCCUCCGUAUGUUUUUAACAGGAUGAGCUUCUGAGAAGAUACUAGCUAACACUAAAACCUGUGGUCUUGACAAGAUAGCAAGCACUGUCAGCUCCCGUUCUUGAUUUAGUGUCGGACGGUAUCCACUGUUUCAGUCCGUGUGGGCUGGAGGAGCUGAAGAGGACUGUUUGUUUGUUUGUUUGUUUGUCUUCAUUUAUUUAUAUUUUAACGCUGUGCAUAAAACACGCGUUAGAAAUUGUUUUUCAAGCGGGUCUUCCCUCAGUGGAGCCGUGCAUUACAGACAAGGCCAGUGGAUCUCCUCCGGGGACCUCCAAACUAGCCUGUGGGAAAUUACUGUUAAUAUUUCUCUUGAUUCAGUGAAGCAGCUAAAUUAAACAGAUGAACUUGGACUUUCGCCUUCACCUAUGGAAAAUGAAGAUUUUUACUCGCACAUGUGUUGCCAGAUCUCAAGAUCACGUUAUUUAGUGGCAACCGCGAAUCAUUUGGAUAUAUUGGACCUAAAGUUUUAAGAAUUUGUUACUUUUGAUAACACUUUCUGGGGAAAAAAAACCCUCAAUAGUUUUUUGAGGCACUUCAAGAGGAGAGCACAACUUAUCUCAGAGUCAAAAUGAGGUGGUGGACGCUAAAGCUGCGAGCACAAAUAGUGUUGACUGUCCUCUGCACCUGCAUUAUAUACCAGUCGGGACUAAUACACGGAGAAAUCUGCUCGAGCAGGGACAUCCGGAACAAUGUGGCCAACCUCCAGACUUUGGAGAACUGCACCAUCAUCGAGGGCCACCUGAAGAUUCUGCUCAUGUUUAAGACCAAGACCGAGGACUUCAGGGGCCUCAGCUACCCAAAGCUGCGAGUUGUGACUGACUAUGUGCUGCUGUUCAGGGUCUAUGGCCUUGAGACCCUCAGCGAUCUUUUCCCAAACCUGACGGUGAUCCGUGGCAACAACCUGUUCUUCAACUACGCUCUUGUGAUUUACGAGAUGCUGCAGCUGAAGGAGGUAGGCCUUCACAGUCUCAUGAAUAUCACCCGGGGCGCCGUGAGGAUUGAGAAGAAUCCAGAUUUGUGCUACCUGGCCACCCUGGACUGGUCCAAGAUCCUGGACUCAGUGGAGGACAACUUCAUUGUGGCCAAUAAGAAUGAUAGGGAAUGUGGAGAUGUGUGUCCUGGCACGACCCAAGGUCAGACCACCUGCCAGCAGAACACCAUCAAUGGACACUUCAGGGGACGCUGCUGGUCACAGAACCACUGCCAAAGAAUGUGCUUGGACAACUGUAAGCAUGGUGCAUGUAGCCUUCAGGGCCAGUGCUGCCAUGACCAGUGCCUGGGAGGCUGUUCUGAGCCAGGUAAUGCAAGUAGCUGUGUGGCCUGCAGGAUCCUCCAGCAUGGGAACACCUGUGUGGAGAAAUGUCCUCCAGGAUACUAUAUCUACAAGGGCUGGCGCUGCGUCAAAUUCUCUUUCUGCCAGGAUCUCCACAACAAGUGUAAGCAGAAGUUGAACCAGGAUCGCGAGUCAAGCUGCGAUGAAUUCGUCAUCCACAACGGGGCCUGUAUUCCAGAGUGUCCUUCUGGAUACACCACUGUAAACUCCACUACGUUGACCUGUUCACCAUGUGCGGGCCUGUGUCCUAAACUGUGUUCGGGAAAUAAGACGAUUGACUCUGUAACUUCAGCUCAGGCUUUGAGAGGCUGCACUGUUCUCCAUGGCAACAUGAUUAUCAAGAUUCGAGGCGGGAAUAACAUAGCUGCUGAGCUGGAGGCUAGUUUGGGCCAGAUUGAGGAGAUCACGGGCUACUUGACUGUACGCAGAGCCUACGCCUUGGUCUCCCUCUCCUUCCUCCGCAAACUACGCAUAAUCCGGGGCGAGCAUCUUGAUUCAGAUGUUUACGCCUUUUAUGCGCUGGACAACCAGAACCUGCGUGAGCUGUGGGAUUGGUCCAAGCACAACCUGACCAUUGAGCGUGGUCGUACAUUCUUCCACUAUAACGCCAAACUUUGCAUGUCUGAAAUCAGAAAGAUGGAAGAGGUAACAGGAACCAAGGAGCGCAACCAAAAGAAUGACAUAGCUGUACGCAACAACGGGGACCAAGCCUUCUGUGAGACCAGGCUGCUGAAAUUCACCCUGAUCAAGACCACAUCAACCAUGAUCAUAUUGAAAUGGGAGCCCUUUUGGCCCUCAGACUUUAGAGACCUGCUGGGAUUCAUGGUUCUCUACAAAGAGGCGCCUUAUAAGAAUGUAACAGAGUUUGAUGGGCAGGACGCAUGUGGCUCUAACAGCUGGGCGAUCGCUGAUGUUGAUCCUCCAUCCCGUUCCACGGACGGCAAGAAGCCGGACGAUCCAGGGCACCUGAUCCGACCAUUGAAGCCAUGGACCCAGUAUGCCAUCAUGGUCAAAACCCAGUUGUCUUCAUCUGACGAACACCAGGUUAAUGGAGCCAAAAGUGAGAUCAUCUAUGUCCGCACCAGCGCCUCCAAGCCCUCAGUGCCUCUGGACCCCAUCUCCUCCUCCAACUCCUCCUCUCAGAUCAUCCUGAAGUGGAGGCCUCCCACCAGUCCCAAUGGCAACAUCACCCACUACCGGGUCAUCUGUCGGAAGCAGGCUGAAGACAGCGACCUUUAUAAGUUUGACUACUGCCUACAAGGAAUGAAGCUUCCAUCUCGUAUCCCGACCCACCUGGACAGUGAUGAUGAGCAAAAUUGGAACCGCACAGAUGAGCCUGCCUCAAGUGGCAAGUGCUGUGCCUGCCCUAAGACAGACUCCCAGCUAAAGAAGGAACAGGAGGAAAUAGAGUACCGCAAGACUUUUGAGAACUACCUCCACAACGAAGUCUUCGAGAGCAGGCCAUCUCGUCGACGACGCUCAGUGGGAGUUGCAAAUGCCACCCAAAACUUCCUCGCCACAGCUCCCAGUCUGGCAUUUGGCUCCACCACAGCCACCCCCGAAGAUGAAAACGAGGACGAGGAGGGAUCCAAGGUGGAGCUAAAGGUGUUCUCAAAAGAGUCAACAGUCAUCUCCAACCUGCACCACUUUACGAGUUAUAAGAUAGAAAUCAUGGCCUGCAACCAUAUGACAGACCUCAGUCGCUGCAGCAUGGCUACUUAUGUCAGCGCCCGAACUUUGCCAGAAGAGAAGGCAGACGACAUCCCAGGCCCUGUGACCCAUGAAAUAGUGGCAGCCGAGCCUCCCUAUGUGUUGAUUAAAUGGAACGCACCACGCUCUCCCAACGGCCUGAUCAUCCUGUAUGAGGUGUUCUACAGGAAGGUCGGAGACACGGAGGUUCACACAGCUUGUGUGUCGCGCCCUGCUUAUAUCAAGUCAGGUGGCACGAAGCUUUCACUUCUACAGCCCGGAAACUACAGCGUGAGAGUCCGCGCCACCUCCUUGGCAGGAAAUGGUUCUUUCACAGAGACCACUUACUUCUUCAUGCCCAACCAGGAUCCAGGUUUGAUUUGGAUUGUGAUUGGUCCAGUCAUCUGUUUCAUCCUGCUGCUGUUUGUGGGAGGUGGAGUCUUUUGGAUCCUCAGGAAGAGGCAAACAGAAGGCCCCACGGGACCUCUAAUCGCCUCCUCAAACCCUGAGUACAUCAGUGCUAAUGAUGUGUAUAUUCCUGAUGAGUGGGAGGUGCCCCGGGAGAAGAUCACAGUGCUCAGGGAGCUGGGUCAGGGCUCCUUUGGCAUGGUGUAUGAGGGAAUCGCCAAGGAUGUUGUCAAAGGAGACCCGGAGACACGUGUAGCCAUCAAGACGGUCAACGAGUCGGCCAGCCUGCGGGAGAGGAUUGAGUUUCUCAACGAAGCUUCGGUCAUGAAGGCUUUCAGCUGUCACCACGUGGUACGUCUCUUAGGUGUGGUGUCCAAAGGUCAACCCACCCUGGUAGUGAUGGAGCUGAUGACCCAUGGUGACCUGAAGAGCUACCUGCGGAGUCUCAGGCCAGACUCUGAGAAUAACCCCACAGGCCGGCCACCACCUACACUGAAGGAGAUGAUCCAGAUGGCUGCAGAAAUUGCAGAUGGAAUGGCCUACCUCAAUGCCAAGAAGUUUGUCCACAGAGACCUGGCAGCCAGGAACUGCAUGGUGGCAGAGGACUUCACAGUCAAGAUCGGGGACUUCGGUAUGACGCGAGACAUCUAUGAGACAGACUACUACCGUAAGGGAGGGAAGGGCCUUCUUCCUGUCAGGUGGAUGGCUCCAGAGUCUCUGAAGGACGGAGUCUUUACCGCCCACUCUGACUGCUGGUCAUUUGGUGUUGUGCUGUGGGAGAUCAGUACGUUGGCAGAGCAGCCGUACCAGGGUUUAUCCAACGAGCAGGUUCUAAAGUUUGUCAUGGAUGGAGGAUACCUGGACCGGCCAGAGAAUUGCCCUGAGAGAAUGCACAGUCUCAUGCAGAUGUGCUGGCAGUACAACCCCAAGGUGCGGCCAGCGUUUCAUGAGAUUAUCGAGAUCCUGCGGGAUGACCUGCACCCGUCUUUCCAGGAGGUCUCCUUCUUCUACAGUGAGGAGAACAAAGUCCCUGAGUCAGAGGAGUUUGACCUGGACCUGGACAACAUGGAGAGCAUUCCCCUGGACCCGUCUUCAUACUCACAGAGAGAGGAGAGCCUAUGCAGGGACAGCGGGCCCUCUGUGGCCCUCCGGGGGAACUACGAGGAGCACGUUCCCUUUUUCGGCAAGAAAAAUGGACGAAUUUUAUCGUUGCCCAGAUCCAGUCCUUCCUAACAUUUCCUGUUUCCUAAAGAGAACUAAUUUAGUCUCCCGUCCUUUUUCCUCUGUUUUUUCUGUGUCCUUCAUGCGAUUGUCUCAUCAUCAUUUUCUAAUGUUUUUCUUACUCUUGGAGAAGCCCUUCAAAAAAAAAAAAAAAAAAAAAAAA